AUGUUGUCAGAAGAACCAGUUUUAGAGCCCAAACCGGACGACAGCAAGGAGGUUCGGGAAAAGGAACAGAAAAACUCAAACACUUCCUUCAUCCACAAGCUAUAUGCUAUGCUCGAGGACCACGACCUGGAUCACUUGAUUUGGUGGCAUUCCAACCAGACAUCGUUCUACGUGUUACCCUCGGAAGAGUUCACCAGAGUUCUGAGCAAUUAUUUCAAACACGCAAAUGUGGCCUCGUUUAUCCGUCAACUCAACAUGUAUGGGUUCCAUAAAGUCAACGACAACUUCAACAACGAAACACUGACAACCACACCUCCGCCUUCAGAACAGGCUGGCUCCAGAAAAGGCUCGAAUUCCUCAAAUAAUUCCUCGUUUGUUUGGGAGUUCAAACACUCGUCUGAUUGGUUUAGACAAGGGAAUGUGGAAGGACUCACUCAAAUCAAGCGUAGAUCGUUCAAAAACGUCACUUCCCAGAAAGAAGUCCACAACAUCAAGGUUCCUCCCAUUGAGGGCGCCCCUGAGCCCCAAAACUACGUCCCGUAUAGAUAUCAGCCAAACAGUCCUGGAGACAUGAACGAUACUACAGUUCAGGAAGAGAUGGACAUGAAGUCACGAAUGACAAACUCCUAUCUCCAACAGCAGAUGAGCACCUCUGUUCCGAAGACAGACGCAAAAUACAUGGAGGUGGCAGCCCAAUAUAGCGAGCUGCUUCGCUCCUACGACAUGCUGAAUUAUCGCUACGAGAUCGUCAAAGAAGACCUCACAAAGACCAACUACGAUUGUGUUUCGCUUAUAGAUGUUUUGAGAGACGUUGUUGGAUUGGUGCCUAAGGACCCGGUCAACGAACAAGUCACCUCCAAAGUGCUUACCGAGCUGGAAAAGUUCAAAACCAACGUUUUGCAGCGCUGUGCAGCAAGAGACAUGGCGUUCAAGCAGCUGAGUAACGGACCGGGAUACUACGGCGACUCUGGCAUGUUGUAUUCAGAACCUCCAAGCUCAUUGGCCGGCCCAAUGCCUACUCCACACGUCUCGAUCUCUCACUCGCACCAGCCGGUGGGACGCAACCUUUCUGCGUCCUCGUUCCACCCAUACGAACCGUCUCAGAUGCCGUACAAGGACAUCAGAUACAGUGUAUCGUCCAACAGAUCCAGAAACCUGUCUGUUUUCGACCCGUUGCAACCUGCUACCCCAGCACUCAUCCCAGCUGGCCAUCCUCCGCAGGGACCUGAGCAGUCGCCCGCAGUGCUGAACCAAGCUCACGAGGGAGAGCUUCAACCGAUUCAUCGCGACUCGAACGUGAUGAUGCCAUUUUCCGGGUCUCCAGGUCCUCCAAGACGCUCGUCGCCCGGCCUGGGCAACCCACCAGUGAUGCUCCAGUCUUUGAGCACUGUUCAGACGGACACUCUCAAGACCAGAUCGUCGUCCACGAACUCACUGCCGUACUUGCACAAUGCGACCUCGUCUCCAACGAACAAUCUCAGAAGAGCAGGCUCGAACCCGACCCCACCAACCAUCAGCGACGAAAAGCGAGGCAGCCAGGGCUACUCGCUGGCCAACCCGCCACGGUCGCUUCCCCAGAUCAAUACGCCUCCGGUGCACGAGCCACAACGGAAUAACUCGACCGCAUCGACUGGCCCCACCAAUCCUUCCUCUACUGCUGUUUUUUCCCUUUUGAAUCCGUCCAAGAGCCAUCCCGAAGACCAGAAAAGAGAUCUGGACCAAGCGGACGAAAACGUGAAGCGCGCCCGCAGCCAAUGA